ACCGAAACAGCUUACAAACCCAGUAUCACCACUUCCAAUUCCACUCAACCUCCGUUCACCCUUCGCUGACGGGCCCCUCCCCUCCCGUCAUUCUCCAAUCUCUCUAUUUUCCGUCCCGUCGCUCGUUCUCUGCUUUCGCCGACUAGAUUACGACUAUAGGAGUACGUACGCCAUGUACAGAGCAGCUCUACGAUCCGCGCCGCGGACGAUAGGUCCAUUGCGCCAAUCAUCCCGCACCCCCGCCGCGUCCGGCCGCCGUUUUGCCUCGACCGCCCCGGCAGACAAGAGACGGACUUGGAAGAGCUCCGCCGUGAGGUGGGGAUUGGCUGUUGGUGCUGUCUACUAUUACAGCACGAGCAACGUCUUUGCCGAAGAGCCGAAACUCGCGACAGUGCAGCCACCUCCCGAGUUCUCUGACGAAGACCUGCCCACUAUCGAGGCUGUCGUUGCACAGAAGCGUCGAGAAGCCGAGGCCCGAUCACGAAAAGCCGCUGCCGCCGCCGCUGCUGCCCCAGAGUCCAAAACUAGUCCCGAGCCCGAGACAGCUGCAUUGGCUUCUCAGACUUCGCCCGAGGCACCCGCGAAAGAACUCGAUGGUAACGUUUCGCCGGCGCCGGAGGAUGGCAGCCCAGAGGCACUAGAACAGGAGGCGGCGCAACAGGGCGCUUUCAACCCUGAGACCGGCGAGAUCAACUGGGAUUGUCCAUGCUUGGGCGGCAUGGCGGAUGGCCCCUGUGGCGAGCAGUUCAAGGCUGCUUUCAGCUGCUUCGUAUAUUCACAAGAAGAGCCCAAGGGCAUGGACUGCAUCGAUAAAUUCCAGCAUAUGCAAGACUGCUUCAGGUUACAUCCCGAGGUGUACGGUGAUGAAUUAGCCGAUGACGAGGAAGCCGGGGCCGCCACGGCGGAUGGAGCGCCAACAGACACCGUAGCUGCUAGAGAUGUUUCGGCAGAAAGUGCUUCUGUCGCUAAUGCAGCCCCGACGGAGCCCGCUUCUAAGAGUGUAGCGCCCACGACUAAGGAGACGACGAAGACAGAUGCGAAGAUAAGUGCAACAAAGCCAGAAGCAGUAGAACAAGUCACACCUUCGCCGUCAAAAUCUGCGAAAAAGGAUCCCUGGUCCAAUGCUGAAUAAGAGAUGGGAUGUUUUUUGAGUUUUCAAGAGGGGAGACACGUCUAUCAUGAAACGGGGGCUGUACCACUACUUCAAGCGUCUGUGACAUAGAGCAUAGAGGCGCUGGCGGGAUUUGUUUUUGUUUUUUUUUUUUGAAAAAAAAGAAAAACUACCUACAUUUGUAGAUAAUGUGUAAAUUAUUUUGCAUGAGAUGACAGCGACGUUGUUAGAUACACUAACACAAAUUACCUACCCAUCCUCCUCCAAUUCCUC